AUGAGGCUUCUGACGUGCUUUACAACUUUCGCGCUGGUUGGACUGCUGACUGCCGCGCCCUCCCUUAGUGACGAUGAUAAGCUUGUCAUAACCAAGGAGUUUUACGUCCAAGAUUUCAUAAAAUACAAGUCUGACCAUGACAUUGUGAAAUUACUUGUACCUCUUAACUCGCUCAACUUUGACGAAGACGACUCAAGAUCUUCUGAAUCGAAUGAAGUAGACACUGACAUUAUUAUAUUCUUCGUCGAGGCUGACGUACAACCAGAUGGAAGCUAUAUAGAUAAGGGAUUGUAUGUGCUCAAGGAGGGAAAGGCUAAGAAACUCCUUGGCAACGGAAGGGACGCCGCUGCAUCCGGAGAUAGUAGCAGAAAAGUUUUCUUUGCAGCUAAAGACGGUCUCUAUGUGUACAACCCAGCCACUAAUUCUGCUGAAAAAUACGGAACAAUAACAGACAGCAUUGUAGGAAUUGCUAAAGAGAAGGAAGGUGAUGUUAUUUACAUCUUGACUGAAGGUCGUGAAGUGUACAAAGUUAGUGACAACGGUGAGAAAAAGGAGCUCUUAGAAGACGUUGUAAAAGCUAAGAAAAUUGUUUUGGAUUACGAAAGCAAUCUUUACUUCUAUUCCGAUGACAACGUACCCUACGUGCGCACUGGCGAUGGUGUGAAGAAAAUAGAAGGUCUCCCAGAAGUUUCUGGAAAGGUCACGUUAGUUAAACCACCAUUCUUUUUCGAAGAUGGUGUACCUUUUGUAACUGGUAAUCAAUUGUAUGUUAUUUACUCUAACGGGACGAGUGAACUAACCCCCAUAGAGUUCCAAUCUGAUACGUUGCCAACAGCGUACGCCCCGGAAGCCGGACUGAUUCAAUACUAUGCUUACGAUAAGAAAAUCUAUGAGUACAAUAUUUUAGCUUUACUUUUAGGUACCGUUAUUGAAGAGCUCGGCGAGUUCCUCAAUCAAAAGUCGACUGAUAUCAAUACCAUAGCUUCGAAACACGAAUCAUUGAAACGUAAAAUAAAAUCAUAAAGUCUAUUGAUUUUCUAAUAUUAAAAUAAAUUACAUUUAUGAAUA